CACUAGUACAUAGCGGCAGCUUAUGAGUUAUGAUGGCCUGAAGGAGAUGGCUUUUUAGACAUAAACUGUAGCUAAGCAGCUCCUGUCUCUUGUUGUUUGCUAGUUACCCUUCCGCAUGUUGUGUAUGAGUGUUUUCUUUUCGCUCAUGCUUUCUCUCUCUAACAAUGUCUUACUCUUACCUCACACUAUCUCUUUCUAGAACUCACUUUUUGUGUUUAUUAAUAAGCAGCCACGCUUUACUGCUCUUGGCAUAAUCCUGGCUGUCUUUUCCUUUUUUUUGUUUUCGCUGUAGCACACUUAUGUUGAUUAAUGGGGAAGUCUUUGAAUUCCUAUAGCUAACAGCUGUGUGUUUAUUAAAUUUGGUUGUUGGGUUUUUGCUCUUAUAGAUUCAUGGUGACUUUGAGCUCAAGAGAUUGGGAGUUGGAGGACAUGAUUGCAUCUGCUUGCAGUUUGUUGAGUUUUUCUUUGGGUUCACUUCUCUGAGAUCGAGUGGGGUAUGGACGUUUUUUGGAAGCAUAUCUAUUAGUCUUUGGCUUGAAAUAACUGGGAAUCUAUCAAUGGGACUGCGGAUGGAGUUGGACUUUGAUAAAAGUUGCAAAGUGGGUCUGAGUCCUAACACUGUUCUUCCACCUCCUCGACAUUGCUCAAAUAUUGAAAAGAGGAAGGCAAAAGGGAAAUCCACCCGUAAAGAUGAUUUGUUGGGCCUAAAGGACGACUUCAUAGAGAUUAACUUUGGUCGCUCUCGCAGUUCUUCUUGUAAAAGCAUUCCAUCUAGACCUGCUGGACUGGAAGGCAACGACGAGCUAAAGCGAGGUUCCAUGUAUCAAAAUUCCAAAGAGGUAAGGGAAAUGAAGAGAACGGGAAAUUUUGAGGGAAGGAGAAAAAUUGAAAUGUCCCGUAGUAGUGACGCCACUUUGGCUUUCAGGAUUGUUGACUCAUUCUGUAAUUCAGAUGAGGACGGCCUGCAGAAGAGGUCUCCAAUGAUAUCUUUGGAUUCAACCUUUAGUCCAACAUCUGUGAGUAAGCCGUAUGUAGAACCAUGCUCAUCAAAUGGUUUUGAUGAAUAUUGUCUCAAUUUGAAUGACAGGGAUAAACUUGCUGAUACUAUGGGGAAAGAUUCAGUGGGUCUAAAGUUUGUAAGUGGUGAAUCUGUUAGUCCUUUAAAUGAUGGUAAUGACCUUGAAAGAGAAACUGUUCGCAUGUUUCACAAGUCACUCUCUGCUAAGGCGGAAAUGCUCCAUUCACCUUCACCAUCAGAAAGUGAUUGCUCCUCAAGAGCCAGCUCUAAGUCCAGAUUCAGUCCUAUCAGAAAGAUGUUUGAUCCAUUCAAGAAGUCCAAAUCUUUGCGAAGUCCUUUAGGAUAUGUGGCAGAACCUGGUGGGGGGCUCAAAACAUCUGGGACAACAAACAUGAGCAGGAACAAAACAUCCAGGAAAUCUUUGCUGCAUGAUUUCUCUAAUACAGCAAAGGCAUCAGAACUUGAUCCUCAAUUUGUUGAGAGGGAGAACCAUCAUUCAGCUGUUGCACGUUCACCAGUUCACCUACAUGGCAAUCUCAAGUUAGAAUACAAACAUGGGGUGCCAUUUUUCGAGUUCUCAACGAAGUGCCCAGAAGAUGUCUUCGUGGCCAAGACAUGGAAGACGGAUAAUGAUUUUAAUUGGGUAUAUACGUUUCACUCCAUUGAUGGUAGAAAGAAGAGCAAUGUCAGUAGAUGGGGAUGGAAUAGUAGUGACAAAGAUUCCUCUAUGGUGGGACAGAUUCAAGUUUCCUGUUAUUUAUGUUCAGAACUAAAAGAUGGUGGGGUUUUGGACAAUUCUGUUGUGACAGAGUUUAUAUUGUACGAUAUUGCACAUGCAAGACAAAGCAUUUCGGCCCAAGAAAAUGAAAAAACUGCUGAUGAUGUUAAAGGUCUCAAAGGAGCUAAUCAAGGAUUAGUUAAGGAGCCUUUUGAAGAUAAUAGGUCUCAUCCAUUCAAGCAUAAACUUCAACAAAGACAAGCCUCUGAGAAAGGUGAUUUUAAUUCUUCAGAUUUUUACCCCUGGGCAUCUGCACAAUUGAAUCCAGGCCUUGAAAUCGCGGCCAUUGUUAUGCAAGUCCCAUAUGAGAAUAGAGAGAGCUUAACAUACAAGUCAGGGGAUAAGAUUAUCAAUGAACUGAUCCCAAACCUACUUAAUCAUUCUAUGAGUGAGCUGAGUAAAAAGGACUUUCAUGAUAAAAGAAGUCCGGAAAAGGUAAAGGUGUUAAUUCCAACUGGAAACCAUGGUUUGCCAAGUGCUGAAAGUCGGGGUCCUUCAUCAUUAUUAGAUAGAUGGAGAUUAGGUGGAGGAUGUGACUGUGGUGGCUGGGACAUGGCCUGUCCCCUCACUGUUUUAGGGAAUACCCAAAUUCAAUGUGCUGAAGAUCAACCACUUCUGGAGAAUCAGCAGCAUUUGGAGCUUUUUGUUCAGGGAGCAAAAGAGAGUACACCGGCAUUGACCAUGAUGGCUGUUCAGGAGGGGGAGUAUGCAGUUGAUUUUCAUGCACAGUUAUCCACAUUACAAGCAUUCUCCAUAUGUGUGGCUAUCUUGCAUGGGACAGAAGCUUCUGUUGAUGCUGGGAAGGAGAGAAGCAAACAGUUAUCACAAAGCAAUUCACUGAAAGUGCUUAUCAAUGAUGAAGUGAAAUUUUUAGUUGAUGCAGUGACAAGAGAGGAGAAGAGAAAAGACUCUAAGAUGGUAAAAGAAAUCCCACCAUCCUAUGUGCUCAAUCCACCCUUUUCUCCAAUUGCUCGAGUAUAAAUUCAAUCAGCUUGCUUGGUACCAGCUUUUACGGCUUCUCCAGGGAAUCCCAGCAUAUGGUUCGAAAUGACCCCAACUUUAAAGGAGAAAAGGAGGAAGUUUCUCAGAUGAUGGGGUUGAGAGUUCCUGCCAUUGACACCGAGGUUCAGGGUUUUUGAUUAUUUACUGGCAUGGGCUCAGCAGUCAACAGCAUACUCAAUACACUAAAAUGGUUUCUCAGUAUACGCAGGACUGUUGGAGAUGUGGGCUAGGGAUUCUUACCAUUGGCAGAGGGUUGUUUCCAUAGGGGUUCCAAAAGCCAUUUGCUAUAUUAUUUGAUUCUUUCAACUUCUAUAGUUAAAAUAUAAACAGAACAUAACAUUGUCCAUAUUGUAACUUGAUAGAGAGGGAAUAGAAGUAAUCAUUAGAUUGUCGAGAGAUGGUAGUUCUUUAUCUUUUGCCUUUUCUGUAUCAUGAAGGAAAUGGUGCUAAGGAAAGUAGAUCAAAACUUUGUUCA